AUGCCUACACCGACUCUGGCGGGCCUCGGUGUACCUUCAGUCAGCAACCGCCUAUGUGUCAUCGAUCGCAACUCUCGAGAACGUUACCUCGUCGACACUGGCGCCGAAAUAUCUGUACUAUCGUCGCAUCACAAGAAAAACCAGUUAUCAAGCACCUACAAGCUUUACGCCGCAAACGACACGCCGAUAAAGACCUAUGGAGAGAAAACGAUCACUCUCAACUUGGGGCUACGGCGUGACUACCGUUGGACGUUUAUCGUGGCUGCCAUCAAGACCUCAAUCCUCGGAGCUGAUUUCCUUCGGCACUACAAGCUGCUACCUGACCUAGAUCAAAAGAAGCUCAUCGAUAAAACCACUAAACUCCAAGUCAACGCGUUAACAGUUCGAAGUACUCAAGAAACCGUCUAUUUGAUCAGCAGCAAUCAAGCUUACUACGAGAUUCUCAAGCAGUAUCCUAAUGUACUACGACCAAUGUCUUUGAAAACGCCGGCCAACACAACAAACAAACAAACAUCAUCAAACAUUUCAUCGAGACUACGGGCCCCCCACUCUUCGCCAGGGCACGCCCACUGCCGCCCGACAAAUAUGCAGCGGCGAAGGCCGAAUUCGAACGCUUGA